UAGGAAAGACAUCCGACCCGAUCGCCGGCGUGCGUGUCUGAACGUGGAUGGCGUUGCUCAGGCGCAUCUCUCUGCCUCUCCGCUUCCUUUUUCCGCAGAGCAGCCCGUUGGUAGUAGGGCAUUUACUUUCUUAACCUUCGAUCCUCUUCUGCGUUGAGUUCUGACUUCCGCCCAUCAUCCCUCUCUUUCUCUCUCUGUCUCUCAUUCAUUUCUGCGAGUAUCAAUAUAGGCAUUUGGUGAAGAGGUCGAAGAUUUCACUGGAGCGAGCACGAGCGAAACAACAAGGAGAAGAAAAGUCAGGCUGAGAUUUAUCAGUUGAAAACCGGGCAAGAAAAGGAAACGCGGGCUCCCCUAGACUUUCGCGUGCUAGUUUGUGAUGCUUGGUGUGAAGCUGAGCUGUUAUCUCCCCUCGAAUUUGUUGGAUUUUCCCCCCCUUUCUGAUUGAGGAUGCUCCUUCUGGAUAAAGUCUUGGUGGUUCAGUUCGCCUCUUACUACUCCCUCUCUCUCUCUGUUAGGCUUCCCGCACUUUCUAAAGGUUUUCCGGUGCCAAAUUGCCAGGUUUUGAAGACAGAGUUGCGGUGUAUGCUUUCAUAAGCCCCCCUAUUUGGUUUGGGGAACAUGUGACGGCCUUUCUUCGUGAAGGAUAAGCCUUCCAUUGAGAUGUUGGAUUUGGAACUCUGAGUCUGAUAAUCAAGAUUGGAGUUGUAUCUAGUGAAAAUGGCGGAAGCCGAUGAGGAGAAGGGUUGGCAGGACUUACUGAGAAGAAUGCUUCCUCCAGGUGCUCCUCUCCCGGAUUCGGGAAAUCUUGAUUACUCGAUUGCAGUAGAGUACAAAGGACCACCAAUACCUUAUGAAGUUCCUAGAGUUGAACCUGUAGACUCAGCUAUACCAACGGCAUCCAUGGUCAAGUCGUUACCCGUUGCAGAGAGUUCAGUGAGCUAUUCCAGUCCUCCUAUGGUAGAACCCAUCCCUUUGCGUGGAAGAAUGCUUGCAAAGUCUCGGUUUAAUGCGUCAGGUCCAAGUGUAGACCGUGAGCCUGAUCCCGAUGAGGAUGAUUGUGGUAAGUCUGGAGACUUCUCUGGCACCAAUCCGUUGGUUUUGCCCCAGUCAACUGAAUAUUCAAGUCCUAGGCUGUCGCACAGUUCAGAAUCAGCUGCAUCAGCUACACGGAAGCCCGAGUCUUCAGCAUGUUCUCUUUCUGCUUCUCCACGUUCAGUUCAUAGCCCUCCUGGAAGCCCACCCAGGCCAGCUACGAAUGAAGGCAAGAGAACUGUUGUAACUUUCAGUUCUAUUGAUAGGCCUGGAAGGAAAGAAGUAGGAUCCGUCCGAUCAACUGAGAAGCCUCAAUUUCGUAGUGGGCGUAGAGCAAUAUCCGCAGAGAAAGAGAGAAAACGAGGGAUUUGUAAUAGGUGUGGCAGAGGUAACAGGCUUUCAGAUAGGGAGUCUUGCCUUGUUUGUGAUGCCAGGUAUUGCAGUAACUGUGUGCUCAGGGCGAUGGGUUCAAUGCCUGAAGGCCGCAAGUGCGUUCCAUGUAUAGGUGAACCCAUCAAUGAAUCCAAACGACUGGCUCUAGGGAAAUGCUCAAGAAUGCUAUCUCGACUGCUCAGUCCCUUGGAAGUAAGGCAAAUCAUGAAGGCAGAGAGGGAGUGCUCUGCCAAUCAGCUUCGGCCGGAGCAACUGAUAGUAAAUGGACGACCACUAAGACAAGAAGAAAUGGCAGAAUUAUUAGGAUGUCCAUGUCCUCCACAAAAAUUGAAGCCUGGGCGCUACUGGUAUGACAAGGAAUCAGGACUAUGGGGAAAGGAAGGAGAGAAACCAGAUCGGGUUAUCAGUUCAAACUUGAAUUUAGGAGGAAAACUAGGUCCUGAUGCAAGUAACGGCAACACAAAGGUUUUCAUCAACGGUCGGGAAAUAACCAAGAUUGAACUACGAGUGCUGAAGUUGGCAAACGUGCAGUGCCCACCUGAAACUCAUUUCUGGGUCUAUGCUGACGGAAGCUAUGAGGAGGAAGGUCAAAAUAACAUUAAAGGGAAGAUUUGGGACAAGGCAUUCACACGGUUGAUAUGUUCUCUGUUCUCCCUCCCUGUACUCCGUGAGAAAUCUCAUGGACUACAUAAUGAUGCUACCAACUACUCCAUCAGAUCCGUGCCAGAAUAUCUGGAACAUAAAAGGGUUCAUAAGCUUCUACUUCUUGGACUUCCUGGCUCAGGAACCAGUACCAUCUUCAAGCAGGCCAAAUUUUUAUAUGGGAACAAGUUUACAUCAGAGGAGCUGGAAAGCAUCAAACUUAUGAUUCAAAGCAACUUGUACAGAUACCUCAGCAUUUUGCUUGAGGGGCGAGAGCGCUUUGAGGAGGAGGCAUUACUCAAGCUCAAACAUCUUGAUCUGCAUGACCAAAGAAAUGAAGGAGAGAACAACAAAGAAGGUCCAUGCGAAUGCAUCUAUUCCAUCAGUCCAAGGUUGAAACAUUUUUCUGACUGGCUAUUGGAAAUCAUUGCCAUGGGAGAUUUGGAUGCAUUCUUCCCAGCUGCCACACGUGAAUAUGCUCCAUUAGUGGAUGAGGUGUGGAAAGACCCAGCUAUUCAGGAAACAUACAAGAGAAGGAGUGAGCUUCAUUUCCUUUCGGAUGUUGCCGACUAUUUCUUAGAUCGGGCUAUUGAGGUAUCAAGCAAUGAGUAUGAACCUUCUGAGCGGGAUAUCUUGUAUUCUGAAGGACUUACUCAAGGAAAUGGCUUGGCAUUCAUUGAAUUCUCUUUAGAUGAUCGAAGUCCAAUGUCCGAACCUUACAAUGAAAACUCUGAGUCCUUGAUGCCCAUUACAAGGUAUCAACUCAUUAGAGUAAGCACCAGAGGAAUCAAUGAAGGUUGUAAAUGGGUGGAAAUGUUUGAAGAUGUCCGCAUCGUAAUCUUUUGUGUUGCUCUAAGCGACUAUGACCAGCUAUGGGCAGAUGCAGGUACCAGCACUCUCCGGAAUAAGAUGAUGCAGAGCAAGGAACUGUUCGAGACAGUACUCAAGCAUCCAUGCUUCCACGACACUCCUUUCAUCCUGAUUCUGAAUAAGUAUGAUCUAUUUGAAGAGAAAAUAAACAGAAUCCCGCUCAGUGCAUGUGAGUGGUUCCAGGAUUUCUGCCCUGUGAAGGCUCACCACAACAAUCAGUCUCUGGCUCACCAGGCUUACUACUAUGUGGCAAUGAAGUUCAAGGACUUGUAUGCUUCACUCACCAAUAGGAAACUGUAUGUUUGGCAAGCAAAGGCCAGAGAAAGGACGACGGUCGAUGACGCAUUCAAGUACAUAAGAGAGGUGGUGAAGUGGGAUGAAGAGAAGGAUGAGCACUAUGUCGUUCCUGGGGAUGAAUCAUUUUAUAGUACUGAUUUUAGCUCUUCUCCUUUUAUCCGGCAGGAGUAAGGCUAGAUGUAAUUUCCGGUGUACCAUGAGAGGAUCCAGGGAUGUCGAUUGUAUCUUGAGAUGUGUGAAUGAGUCUCCUAUUUCCUAGUAAUAAAAAAUGAGCCCCUUGUCGCA